AUGAUGGUGGAGCCUGCCAGGAACGUCCCGAGCAAGGCGGUCGCUGGCGACGAAGGCAAGAGGAAUCAAGAACGCCACGAUAACAGUUCCCUCCUGCGAGUCAAGCCGUCCGCUCAGGGCUCGGCGAAUUUCAGCCGCAGCACCAAAAACAUCAGCCAGAUACGGAAGUCGGCGUUCACAGUUUCAGGAAAUCAGUCGAACAUCAGGAACACAAAAGAGAGCGACCUUGUGGGAGGAGGACAGAUUCACGUCCUGCUCGGUGGCAAAAUAGUUACGCCAAAGCCGUUGGUUUCGUUCCCUUGCCAACAGAAUGGCGAUGCAACUGAUGUGGAUAAGAUUUUGGAGGAGGCUGGUCAACCUGGAAAAGAGUGGCACGGAGACGAAAAAGGAGGUUCUGUGCCAAACGCCGAUGCCGACGAAGAUGAGGACAAUAACCGAGUCGACGACGCCUUUCUGUACACCCCCGGAGGUCCGUGUCAUGCGCCGGAAGUGGGCGAAGAGCUUCUGGAGACGGAGGUGGAGAUAACUCUACGAGAGACAGCGACAGAGAUUUACUUCUGCCAGCCUGGCCUCGUUGUGGUAGUCGACACUGAGGAGUACUGGCGCCUGAAGGAUAGGAACAGACAAUACGAGGACUUAGCGGCGUCGAAGUCUUUGACAGAAAAAUACGUGACAAACCACUCGCAGACCUUCAAUUUUUAUCAGAAGAACAAGGAAGUCUCAGCGGUGCCUGCCGCCCCCGUGUCCACGGGAGCAAGCACCAGCCCUGCGGAUAUUUUCGAUGCGUUCAACUCUUUCCCAGUUCCUCGCGUCCGAGAGCUCCAACAUCACUGGGCCAGGGAAGCCCAGUGUUACACCGAGAAAGGCUUGCGCAUGACCGGCAGCCUUUUGGACGUCAAUAAGGCCUCGGCGCAGGCGUGCUACCACUUUGAUGCAACGUUAGCGUUUCGAAGAGGCGCCGAAUGGGGAGGGGUCGUCGAGGGCGGCACUCCUAAGGACGUGACAGCUGCUUCGUUUUCCAAAGGCUCGACGAUGCUAAGGGCUAGAAGGAACGACGGCUUCACGACUAGGGGCGUGUCGCGGGAGGCAAGCAGGAAGACUGGUUUGGCGGCGGGUCCGAGCAUCAUACAGGGUGGCAAUUCAACGAGAAGCGCACGGCGACAUUGCCCUUCCAUUCGCAUCAACGAACAACCGCACGCUGCAGCGUGGAUUAUGCAGACUGCAGCAGAAGGGGAUAGCCCACCGCUUGAGAGGCUCCGCUGGCAGCUUGGAAAGGAAGCAGUCCUCCCAGAGCAUCUCCACAGCAGCUUGACAGUCAUAGAGAGGAUGCUAGCCCAGACCCGGUACCACAGUGACCACAUGGCAUACCGCAGCUUUUUCUCCGAGAGUCGCAUUCUUGAGACCGCGGACCGACAAGUGGAUAGGCUGGUGACCCGCUCCCCAUCGUCAACAGCAGGAGAGGUACGACGCUGCCAGGAGGAAGAACAGCGUGCGAGACUGAAUCAGAAACUGUUGCAUGCGCCCUUCGUGCAUGACCUCUUUCCUUUGGCUGUGCAGCAAAUCCGAGGGAACUUGCAGACCAACUCGGUUGAGGCCGACGCAGAGCCGCAGGGCGGCGAUGAGACCACAGGAGUCGCAAGUGGUGCGGCGGAGGAUCGUGACGACGACGCUGGCGGCAGCGACAAAGAGUUCACAGAUGAAGAUGAGGAAACCUCAAGGCAACCGUCUUCGGCUGCGAGCGUUAGAGAGCUUUUCGAUUUUGAUGGUCGGGCGUUCACCUCGUCAACGAGUCUUUCCACUAUGGAGUGGAAUCCUGCAAAUCAAGACUUGCUGGCAGUAGCGUAUGGAACGAGCCCCGCUGCGCAGACAAGAGCUUCAUCGGACGGCUGGAUUCUGUUUUGGUCCCUGAGAAAUCCGCUUCACCCGGAGAGACGAAUUCGCACGCCUUCUGGUGCAGUUUCCCUGAGCUUUUCAUCCUUCAAUCCGAACCUCCUCGCCGCUGGCAUGGCAGACGGGCACGUCCUUUUGUGGGACCUGAGGAAGCCGAAUGAGCAGCCCGUCUUGCGUAGUCAUUCAGUUUUGUCAAUGCAGGCAUCCAGUCGCCACACUGAUGCCGUGUGGGAUAUACGCUGGGUUGACCGAGGGUUGGAGAAAGUCCCCAGAGAGCAGCUACUCUCCAUCGGGGGGGACGGCAAGGUAUAUCAGUGGACCAUGAAGAAAGUUCUGGAAAGGACAACAAUGAUGUCGAUGAAGCGCGCAGCGAACCCAUGUGCUCUAACAACUUGGGCCAGCAGCGGCGUUGACCAGGCAAAUGACAGCGUCGUAUUCAUGUACGCUGCCGGUUUAUGCAUGGACAUCAGCGGCUACGACUCAUCCACUUACAUUGUCGGCACCGACGAGGGCCUCGUUCACAGAUGCUCAACAUCGUACAACGAGCAGUACCUUGAUACUUACGUCGGACAUACCGGCCCUAUCAAUCGGGUUCGGUACAACCCUUUCGAUAGCGAUGUGUUCUCGAGCUGCUCGGAUGACGGCACAGUUCGGCUGUGGAAUGUGAAGGCAGCCGAAUCACCGGUUGCAACGCUAUUUCCCUCAACGCAGUACAGCGCUGUCACUGAUUUCUCGUGGUUUGCCCUCAACUGCCCGGUCCUGGUCGUUGGAGACAGGGAGGGCUGCGCCACUAUUCUCAGGGUAGAUGAUGAAGAAACACCCCGAUAUUCUUUUCUCGAGCAGAAAGACAGACUUCACGCAGCACUUGGACGAACGUGA